AUGACAAGUAAAAUUGAAAAUAUAACAAUUGAACAAUUACCAAUAAUUGAUAUUGAAUCAUAUGGAAAUGAUAAAGAAGAAGAAUUAAAAAAGAAAUUAAUAUCAAAAGAGAUUGAAAAUGCAUGUAAAAAUUUUGGAUUUUUUUAUAUUAAAGGACAUGGUAUUGAUCAAGAAUUAAUUGAUAGAUUAGAAAGAUUAUCAAAAAAGUUUUUCUCUUUAGAUCAAUCAAUAAAAAUGAAAUAUCGUAUGGAAUUAGCACAAAAAGCAUGGAGAGGUUAUUUUGUAGUUGGUGGUGAGUUAACAUCAGGUUUAAAAGAUUGGAAAGAGGGAUUAUACUUGGGAACUGAAUUGAAUGAUGAUCAUCCAUUGGUUAUUGCACAAACUCCAUUACAUGGUUUAAAUUUGUUUCCAACAUUAGAAGAAGAGAUUGAAUAUGAUAUCGUUGGUUUCAAAGAUACUAUCCUCACCUAUAUUGAUAAAGUUACAAAAUUGGGUCAUUCUUUAAUGGAAUUAAUUGCAAUUAGUUUAAAUUUAUCAGCAGAUUACUUUUCAUCAAGAUAUACCAAGGAUCCAUUGAUUUUAUAUCGUAUUUUUAAUUAUCCAUCAAUAAUAUCAAGUGGUGAUGAUAAUAAAACCACUGGUGAAAGUAGUGAUGACAAUGAUAAAGUUGAAUGGGGUGUUGGUGAACAUACAGAUUAUGGUGUUUUAACAAUUUUAUAUCAAGAUGAUGUUGGUGGAUUACAAGUUCAUAGUAAAAAUGGUUGGAUAUCAGCACCACCAAUUAAAGGUACAUUUGUUUGUAAUAUUGGUGAUAUGUUAGAUCGUAUGACUGGUGGAUUAUAUAGAUCAACUCCUCAUAGAGUAGAAUUAAAUCGUUCAGGUAGAGAUAGAAUCUCUUUUCCAUUAUUUUUCGAUCCAAAUUUUAAUUCUUAUCCAACUGAAAUUGAAGGAAUUGAACAAAUUGAAAAUAAAGAUGACUCUUCAAGUAGAUGGGAUCAUUUUAAUAUUCAUAGUUUUAAAGGUUCUUAUGGUCAAUAUUUAUUAAAUAAAAUUGGUAAAGUUUUUCCAGAUUUAAAAAAUAAUGUAUUAUAA